CUCUCCUAUGUGAUUGGAUAGCACACUCUGAAGGUGGGACAAAAGUCAAGACAAAAGAAGUGCCCAACUUCCUUGUUUCUGCUGCAAAGACUCCAGCACAGCUGAGGGCUAUCCCUGUCCUGAGCAGUGAGAGCAUCCCCUGGACACAGGAUUUUCUGUGCCAUUAAUUGCUCACAGUCAUGGGUCAACUGUUCUCUUCAUCUAAUGAGCGCCACCAAGAUUUGGCCUCCAGCUUUACUGAAUAUUUUAAGAAGUUCAAGGUAGGAAGCAAAAUCAUCCCUCAGGAAACCAUAGCUUCAAUUGAGUUAAGUCUGUCACAAGGAAACAUGCAGGGAGCAAACACUUCGAUCACUAAUGCAUUAAAAGAAAUGGACAGCACCCCACUCAAUGUUGCUGUGACUGGAGAGUCUGGGUCAGGGAAGUCCAGCUUCAUCAAUGCCCUGAGGGGGAUUGGGCACGAAGAGGAAGAUGCAGCUGAAACUGGUGUGGUGGAAACUACCAUGAAGAGACAUCGCUAUACGCACCCCAAUAUUCCCAAUGUGGUUUUUUGGGACCUGCCUGGGAUUGGAACCACAAAUUUCCCACCCAAAGAUUAUCUGGAGAAAAUGAAAUUCAACGAGUAUGAUUUCUUCAUCAUUGUGUCUGCCACACGCUUUAAGAAAAAUGAUAUAGACCUCGCCAAAGCAAUCAGCAUGAUGAAGAAGGAUUUCUACUUCGUGAGAACCAAGGUGGACUCUGACUUGAAAAAUGAGAAGGAAUUCAAACCACGAACCUUUGACAGAGAAAAGGUCCUGCAGCAGAUCCGUGAUAGUUGUGUGAGGAUCUUUCAGGAGAAUAAGGUUGAGCAACCACCCAUCUUCUUGAUCUCUAAUAACAUCUUAUCUGAUUAUGAUUUCCAAAUCCUGAUGGACAAGGUGGUGAAUGCUCUCCCUGUACACAAACGUCACAAUUUUAUGCUCUCCUUGCCUAAUAUUACAGAUGCAGCCAUUGAAAAGAAGCGGCAGUUCCUGAAGCAAAGGAUUUGGCUCGAAGCCUUUGGGACUGACCUACUCAAUAUGAUCCCUUCACUGACUCUCUUAAUGGACAGUGAUGUGGAGAAUCUUAGGAAAAGCAUGAACUACUAUCGAGCUGUCUUUGGAGUGAAUGAUGCAUCCUUGCAGAGUUUGGCUAAGGACUGGAAAGUGUCAGUGGAUCAGCUCAAGGCAAAGAUGAAGUCUCCUCAUGUGUUUGAAACAACAAAGAAAGAAACAACACAAGAAAGGCUUUCAAGACUUUAUGAGGAGUUCUGUUUGGCUAACGGGCACCUAGUUGCUAAGAAUGUUUAUGUUAAAGAAUUGUUUUACCUGAAAUAUUCUUUCCUUGACAUGGUGACAGAUGAUGCUAAUGCUCUUCUCAGAGAGAUAUGUGUAAAAAAUAACUUGGUUUCCGAUUAGGCUGAAAUCUUGUAGCUGUCAAAAAUCAGAAUCAAUGACAGAAAAAUAGGACACUGAUAUUGCAAAACAACAUACUGGGUUAUUCAGGCCAUGCAGGCUUUAUCUAUACUUAGUGAUCAUAUAUCCACAUUAGCUGUAGCAGGGGGAUCAGAUAUGUGUAAAUAUGCUUAAAGCUAAAAGCUAUCUACUCACUUUGAAUAAACCCUCAGAUCGAGUAA